AUGUCUGUCGCAACAAAUUUUGAAAAUCAAUCGCAUGACUCAAAAAAUAUAUACAGUACUUUAUUAAUUGAAUUGGAAAAAGCACGUCAUCAGUUUCCCAGCGAAUUUCCGGAACAGAUUGAUGUAUUGGAAACUGUUGAUGAUAAUGUUAAUACCCAAUGGGAAGAACGCUUGCGAGAAGCAAAAGAAGGUUACAAUGGAGCACGGAUUGUACUGAUUCCCUAUUAUCUGGGUCAUUCUCAUUGGAUUGGAAUCGUACUAGAAUUCGAAGCCAACGAAGAAAUUAAACGGGCUGAAUUUAUUGAUCCAGUAAAAGGAUCGCAAUUUAAUCCUGGUACAUUGCAGAAACGAUUUGCUAAAAUUUAUUCAAAUACUAUUUUAUUGUCAAAAAAUCUUCAAAAACAUGAUGAUUACAAACAAAGUGCAACAGUAACUGUCCACAAUUUGAUCGAAGCAACGAAACUCGUUCGUUCCAGAGAUGAAACAUCAAUGUCUACAGAUCUUCCAUAUUAUCAAACAUCCCAUGGUCAAAUUACAAAUAUCUCGACAUCCAUGCUGGUUCAAGGUAAUCAUUCAGAACUUUAUCCUUCUAAGUAUUUAUCAAGUGGAGAGUGCGAUAUACUAUCUUAUAAGGGAUCUUUAGAUACCUCAGUGAAAGUACCAACAUCAGAGCAACCGAUCACAUCAUAUGAAAAUUCAUUUAUAAAUAUAGUUUCUGAAACGAAAGGAGAAUUCACGGAUGUAGACGACAAAGAACCUUCAGAAAACGAGUUAUAUGAAGAAUUAAAAAGGAAGUUGCAAGAUGGUUUAUUCGCGUAUGACAUUCAGAAUCAAAACGAAUUAGAACAACGUAUCAAGGAUAAGAAAGAAGAGAUUCAGUCAUUAGCAAGUGAAGGGAAACAGCAGAGUGUAAAAAAACGAAAACAGUCAUUAUCAGAACUUGAAGAACUUCAGUCGUUAGUUGUCAAAAUUAAAGUUCUACAACCUCUCCAGUCAGAUGAUUCGGAUGAAUUAUUAAAAAAAGAGUUGAGAGAUGGAUUAGACGGAUAUGAUCUUAAAGAUACAGAAGAGCUGAAACAACGAAUAAUACAGAAAAAGCAAGAAAUUCAGUCGUUGGAAAAGGAGAAAAAAUAUAAAAUAGCGCAAAAGCGAAAAGAUUCUUUAUUAGAACUCGAACAACUUCAAUUGUUAGCUGACAAAAUUAAGCAUACUGAAACUGUUACACCGGCUGAACCUAGUAAACUUAUUAUACCUUCACCAAAUGUAAUGACAGAGCAAGUUGUUAUCAACGACUCGAGUGUUGGAGAAUGUCCAGUGACAGAAGAAAAUGUUAAAAACCUCUAUAGUGACUUUUUCUCAAUACCACUGUGUGCUGAACGAUCUAUCAUCAGCCUUUUGUUUUAUGUUUCUCUCAAAUUAGUUCGCAAACCCAUUGUUGAUGAUCAUAGUAUCGACGUGCCUGUUGAUAUAGAAACAGCAAUAUCAAAAGAAUUAGAAUGUUUGGAUAAUAGAGUAAAAUUAGAAGAAAUAGAAUUCUUAAAAGUCUGUUAUUCGUCAAAAGAAGCUACUGCGAAUGUAAAAAAUGGAAACUGGAAAGAUGUAUCCACUUUAAUGAAAAAAAUGCUCAAGGAGGUUCGUCCACUUGAUAUACAAGAAUUGUUUCGACUCGUUGAUAAAACUAACGAUGCAGCAGAUUUAAUAAAGAAUAAGGAUCUGAUGCUUUUUCUAGGGGGAACAGGGUCGGGAAAGUCCACUACUAUUCAUUUUCUCUCUGGUUCUAAAAUGAUUGAGCAAGAAAUAGCGGGGCUCAAUCAUAUUGCUCCUAGCGAAAUACGUAAUCAUCAGUUGUUAAAGAUAACAACUACGCCGUUUACUGAAUCUGAAACUCGAUAUAUAAUACCUGUAACAGUCAAUUUUAAAGACGUUGGUGCAUUUGCUGAUGGCAGUAUUAUUUUGUGUGAUAGUCCUGGCUUUGAAGAUACUAGUGGGGCAGAAGUAGAUAUAGCAAACGGACUCGGCAUUGUUAAAGCUAUCAAAGGAUGUAAAAGUGUGAAACCUAUCAUUUUGAAUAGUUCUAAAAGCAUAGGUGAUAAAUGUGAAGGUUUAAAGAAAUUAACUUAUGUAUUAGUGGGAAUGAUUCCCAACAUUCAAGACCAUAUCAAAGCUUUUUCUUAUAUAUUUACGAAAUAUACUCAGAAAGAGGGAAAGACAAUUCAUGCAUAUUUAGUGGACAUCAAUAACAAAUUAAAGGAUGAAGAAAAAUCAGAUAUCAGUUAUACAAUUGUCUUGAAAGAUAUGCUAAUUAAAACGAGAAAGGAUCCUCUAGUCUUAGAUCCGAUUAAUGACAAUCCUGGAGAAAUUCUUGAUGAACUAGCAGGAGGAAAUUUCAUCUCUCAUCCGGAAGAAGUUUUUCGAUUUUCCAUCACAGAAAAGUCCAAAACUGUCGUACAUGAACAAGUACGACGAGACCAAUCAACUAUUUUGUCUGCAAUAAAACGUAGUGAAUAUGAGUUUAUAAAGUAUAAACUUGAUCGACUGAAACGUUUGAGUAAAUUGCUUGAUCAAGAAUAUAUCGAGCGAAUCUACCAGGAAUGUGUUCGAGAUGUAAAUAAACAUCUCUCGGAUGAAUAUCAGGAAGGUACUUCUGCAAUUACUCGAUCUAUUAUGAAUCAAAUAAUUUUGAAUGAUGAAGAUAUUGAACAAUAUCAAACACGAAUUAAACAUGCUAAGGCUGCAGAAGAAUUAAGAAAGGAACAUUUAGGAAAGGAUACUGUUCACAAUAGUGCGUUUAUCCAGUAUUUGAAUCGACAAAUCGAUCUUAUGCUUGACAGUUUAAAAGAGAAAGAUAUCAGUGAUCCAUCUGUGAAAACUAGUUUAGAUAAAAUUAAACGUCUUUCGAACUCGUUUCACGAUCUCGAUUGUAAGAAAUAUCAAACUAUUCGUCAACUAUUCGCCGACAGAGUUGAGCUGGUCAUUAACACUUUUAAAAAAUCAGUCUUGUCUAAUGAUUUCGAUGCGACUGCUAGAGAUCUAACCAAGCUAUUUGAUGCAAUAACCAUUUUACAAGGUCAUUUGGAGAGUACAGAUUUAGAAAUGAAAUAUGUCGAAUCGAAAAAUUAUUUUAUUAAUUAUUUAAAUGACUCUACCGAUAAAUUAAAUCUUAUAUUUAAUCAAGAGAAAUUAGAAAAAAAUGAUAUAGAUAGUUUAAAUAGUUGUGUGUGUAUGUUAAAAUCGGCUGAUCAAACAUUUGUUCUUCAACCACACAUUUCAAAAGAAGUGAUUACUAAAAUUUAUGAUAGUUUAAUAUUCAAAAUUGUAAAUUAUGCUGAAGGAAUUAUUAAGAAAAUAAAUACAGAGCUUAAGAAUGAAAAUGCCUUUCAUACCUUGGAAAAAUACAUGACAGAAUUAGAUUCAAUUCGGACAAUUUCUAUAAUUGAAUUAAGAACUACUCCUGUAUACUGUAGUACGUUAGAAAAGUUAAUUGCAUAUGUACACGAAGCCCGAAGAGUUAUUGAAGAACAAUUAAGAAUAUUAUUUCGGCGAGAAGGAAAAGUUAAUUACGAUAUAUUAAUCAAAUGUCACUCUAGUUUAAAAAGUGCUGAAUGGCUAGAGAAGUAUCGAAGUGGAGUCUACUCAGAUGUGGUAAAUAAUGUCGAACAACAAUUGAUUCAACAUGUCAAAGCACUGCAAGAAUCUGUUAUGGAAGCCAAUCUAGAUCUUGAUAAUGUCGAUAAAAUUGAGCUGGCAUAUAAAUUAGUAUCAGAAAUUAAUGAAAUGAAAUCUAUUGAAAAGCUUGUGAUUGAUGUAAGUGAAUGUAUCAAUGAAGUAAAUUCGUGGUUUAUGAGUGUAACAAAUGACGUAUUUACAAUUAUUAAAAAUACAUUUAAUAUCGAAAAAUGGAAAGAACAAGGAUGUCAGACAUUAGAUUUUAUUAAGAUUGAAAAAGCAUUCUCAUAUUUAGGGGUUUGCAAGAAAAUCCGUCUUUUAUUUAAAAGUGAGUGUAUGUCUGUAUCGAAUAGUUUAGAAGAAUUUAUAAGAUAUUACAGUAAUUUUAUCCAGAAUGAAAUGGAAAAUUAUUUUGAAAGUAUAAAACAGUUUAAAGGUGAAAAUAAAGAAGAGGUCUUUGAGAAAGCUCGAUUAUUUGCUCGCCGUCUACGAGAAUUAUCAGAAAUCAAAUCAACAUACUCUCGUAUCUUUUCUUGUUUUUCAAAUAAAACAGUUAUGGAAGAAUGGCAAAAUGAAUUAUCUAAUUAUGUAACCGAACUAGCCGAGGAAAUGAAAAAAUUUAGUGUUUUCCAACGAACUGAAUCAUUAAGUACGAGUUUGAUAAUUGCAAAAGCUUUAAGUAAAUUAGAUAUUUUUUUAAGUAAUAAAAAAUAUAUUAAUAUCUAUAAUACAUAUCAAGAUAAAUUUCUUCUCCAGACAAGUGAUAUUAAUAAACGAGUAAUAAAGGCGAUAAAAAAAACUGAUUAUGAACAAGUUGCUAUUGAGAUGACAGCAUUACAGUCAUUGACUGAUAUAGGAGAGCAUUUUUUUCAACAAACUAAGCGAUCAUUAACUGUAGGUUUAGAUAAUUUGAUAGAAGAAACAAAAAGUCAAGCGAUUAUGCUUGGAAAUAAUAUUGAAAAAGAAGAAAUUAAAUUAAUUAUUGACAAUUGUAAACGAUUGCAAAACGCGAAACAGUUUGUCUCAAAUUACCUUACUAAGCCGGAGUCGAUAAAUAAAUGUAUAGAAGAAGUUAAGAAUUUGAUUGAAGAACGAAUAAAACAAUUUUUAGAAGGUGUCGAAGCGCUUGUCACGAUCAACAAUUUCUCUCAAGCAGAUAAGAAAAUCGAUUUAAUUAUAGUAGUAGGUAAUUUAUUAAAAAGUGAUUGUAUAAUAGAUGUGUCCGGACAGAUUGAAAAACUUAAAAAAUGUCUAAAUGAUGUCGUUUUAAUCGACGUAGUUAAGAAGUAUUCCGAGAUGGAUAUAAGCGGAUAUACGCUAAAUCCACCGAAAGAUAUCUUUGCUAAAUUUGGAGAAAUGAACAAUACGAAUCCGAUCUAUCAUCGAGCACUGGAUGACAUCAAAAAAGCAAUUUUUGAUAAAAUGCGAGAGGAAUUAAGAAAUGCAAAAUUAGCACGACCACUAAAUCCUGAAAACAUAUAUAUAAGAAAUUUUGAAUCAGCAGUCAAACAUCUGCCAGGUACAAUGACAAAUGCUCUUGAAAUCGAAUUAAAACAUUGUACAGAUGAUAUAGAUCGACUUAUUCGAGACAAUGAGACAAAUUCAGAUAAAGCAUUUAAGAGUGGAGAUUUAAAAGAGAUCAAAGCAGUCCUUGAAGAAUAUAAGACAACACCUGGUAUGCAGUCUUAUGUAAACAAAGGUCGAGAUAUUGUUCUAAAACAGACACAAGAAAUAGCGUCUAAAAUAAGCCACUGUUUUGAAAAAAACGAUAUCGUACAAGCAUUAGAUGAGGUCAAAAAACUAUAUGAUUACAAAGUCGAAUUGGAUAAUAUUGUUGUUGAAAUCAGAGAGAUAUGUUCAGAAGUACGAUUACGUAUAAAAAGUGCAUUUCAAAACGCACUUAAUUAUUUUAUGGGUCGAUUUUUAAAUUCAAAGAUUUCAGUUGUUACUAACGAAGUAAUCGAUGAUGCAGAGAAAAGUUUUAUAUGUUUAAUCGAAUUUAUGAAGUUUGAAUAUGAACAUAGAGGUCAAUCUAUUGUCACGAAUAUGCUACCAGAAAAUUUUAAAGAGAAUGUGGCUAUAAUAAUUAAACGGAUUCCAGAAUAUUUCAAUGAACAUCAGAAAAAAUAUAAAGAUGCGCUAGAUGAACUGGAUGUGACUUCUCUGAAAGAGUCUUUGGACAGAACACGGCAGUGGGAUUCUUUAUUUACUAAAAUGAAAGUUUAUGAUAGCAUGCAUAGCACUAAUGAUCCAUCGAUGAAUACAAUAGUUAAGGCGGUCACAGAAGUGAUAUUGUAUCCACAAAUGCAAGAAGUAGUUGCUGAUAAAAUUCAAGAACUAAGAAAUGAAUUAGUUAGUCAAGAAUUGAUUAAUAAAGAUACAAAAGAAUAUGAAAAGCAAAGGAAUGAAUUCUAUAAAAAACUUAAUGAAAAAUUUUUGAUAUUGAACAAAGCUAAAAUAUUUGAUAAUUAUAACAUCAAUAUUAAUGUCAAUAAACUUGAGCAAGAAUGUCUAGAAUCACUAAAGAAAAAAAUCACAGAUAUUUGUUCUUUUCUUGACAUUUUCGUUGAAAAGUUUUUGUCAGAUUUUAACUCGAUAGAACCGGAUUACAAAAAAUUUACUUUGUACUACAAUAAUUUAGUGUCAUUCGACGAAGAAAUGAAAGUAAAAGACUUUGAGAUUUGUAACAGAAUCGAACAGAUUGAAGAAAGAAUUUUUAAGAAGAUCCAUUCGUGGGAAAAUGUAAUCCAAAGUGGAACAACAAUUGAUAACAUUGCAAGCAGUUUGAUAAAUAUUAAGCGUGCUUCCAGAGACAUAGUACCGUUCAGAAAGAGAAUAGAUGAACGAAUAGAUAAAGCAAUAAAUCAUUAUAAAAGUAUUAGAAAGGAAUCUGGAGAUAUUGGAAAACUAGGUACGAUUUUAAAUCUAGAUAAAACUGGUAUAGGUCAAAGUAUUAUUUCCGAGCAUAAGGCUUUCGAAGGUUAUGCACGAUCAAUAUUUAAUGAGAAAACUCAACGACAUGGAAUAGAUUAUGUGCUUAGCAAUUUAAGAGGCGAUCUCAUUGAUAAAGAUCAACUGAAAAAAAGAUACGAUGAGUUCCAUAAUCUCUAUAAAGAUUUAAUUGAAGAAAACUUAAAAACUAAACUAGAGUUACAGAAAUUGAUUUCUAAUAUCAAACUAAUCGCAGGAAACAUCAAACAAACAUCGGAUACUUUCGAAUGGGAUGCAGGUAUAAGAACAAAAAUUCCAAAAUUAGCUGCUCAUAUAUUUGCCUUAUGGACACUUCAAAAUGCUACUCAUUACUUUGAAGCUGACGACGUCGGAAAUAGAGAUGCAUAUCUCCUUCAGCCUCAUGCAGCUCAAAUCAUUUCUAUAUUUCGUAUGUUAGGUAUCGGUGAUGAGAAAGAAGAAUUGAAAAAUAAUUUGGUUCAGAUAAGAACAGGUGAAGGAAAGUCUGUAACAUUAGGAGUAAUAGCUUGUAUACUUGCACUACUGGGGUUCGAUGUGUGUUGUACAUGUUAUAGUGAAUAUCUAAGUCAGAGAGAUUAUACAUCGUUUUUAGUGUUGUUCGAUUCGUUAGGAUUAGUGCAGUAUAUUCGUUACGGUACCUUUAAUCGAUUAUGUGAGGAUGUGAUUAAUGAGAACGGUGUUGUUCGAGAAACAAUAGAACAGUUAGUUUCUAGCAAUUUAAAUGUGGCCAUAAAAAAUAGUCAACAAAUAAAACGCUCGAAAAUAUUAUUAAUUGAUGAAGUUGACGUUUUCUUCAGUAAAGAUUUCUAUGGUAAUAUCUAUACACCAGCAGCUAGUUUACGGGAUCCAACGAUAACGUCAUUAGUUAAUUUUAUUUGGACACAUAGAAAGUCCAAAUUGAAUUUAAGUAAAGUAAAAACUUCAUCAGAAUAUACAGCCUGUUGUACCCGAUUUCCAAAUUGGGAGUCAUUGAUCCAAGAAGCUAUCAAAGAUAUGCUUUUCGAUAUCAACAAUUUUGAGUCUCAUGGUUAUAUUGUUAACCAAGGUCAGAUUGGAUAUAAAGAGCAGGAUAAUAUUAUGUACAACGUUGUUUAUGGUUAUAAGACUUUGUUCGCGUAUUACUAUGAAUAUGAAAACGAAAAUAUAAAGGAAAACAUUUUAGAAGAAAAUAUAUCUAUUAAAAUCAAAUGUGGUAGUUUUUCAUAUGCUGAAAUACCACCUGAGUUUAGGUUUAUUAUGGGUGUUACAGGGACUCUUGAAACUUUAAGUGACCCGGAAAAAGGAAUCGUGAAAAAUGUCUAUAAAAUCGGUACAAAUACAUAUACUCCCUCUGUAUUUGGUAAAAACAACUUGUCAUUUACAGAAAAGGAUGAUAUUAAGAUUGAGAAUAGGGAUGAUUAUUUUAAUGUCAUAAGAAAAGAAAUUGAUGAUCGAUUAGUAGGAAAGUCAUCUGAGAAGCGUGCUGUUCUAGUAUUUUUUGAAUCCAAACAGAAGUUGAAGGAGUUUUAUGAAUCAAAAGCCUUAGAGCCGAUCAAAGAAUGUGUUACCUAUUUGACCGAAGAACUAGAAGAAGAAGAGAAAGAGAGUUUAAUUAAACGUGCGACUACAUCUGGCCAGAUAACAUUAUUUACCAGAACUUUUGGUAGGGGAACAGAUUUCAUAUGCCAUGAUCAAAACGUCUUAGCAAGUGGCGGUGCUCAUGUUAUUCAAACAUUCCUUUCUGAAGAAAUAUCAGAAGAAGUACAAAUAAAAGGUAGAACUGCACGACAGGGUGAUAACGGUUCAUAUAGUAUGAUUUUGCUCGAGAGUGAUUUAGAAAAAUUUCUAAUACAGAAAGAUAACAUUGAGGAUGUCAAGAAAGGUAAAGGAAUUCUAGUUCGUAUUGCCGAUAAACUGACUGCGAAUAAAACAUAUGAUACAGUUUACGAUCUUCUUAAUUGCAAACGGACUGAUUUAUUUAAAACACAGUAUACAGCGGAUACGAAAUAUGUUGAAUUAGCUAAAGAAAGACAUGUCAUUGCAAAAAAAUUCUUAGCAAGUCUUGCUGAUGGUGAUAUGAAAUCAGUAACUACAUUUUUGAUUGAAGAGAACAAAGGAGUAGAAGAAGUCCCCAGUUCUCGAACUGUUUGUCUCAUGGAUGCAACUGGUUCAAUGAGCCAUUUAUUGCAUAAAUGUAAAAAUACAGUUAACAUUAUGUUUGAACGAGCAUCUGAAAUUCUAAAAGAUAAUAACAUCAAAGCAGAUUCGUUUCAAAUUCAGUUUGUUGUGUAUCGAAAUUAUAAUAGUACAGAAGAUAAGAUCCUCCAGAGUUCUCCUUGGGAAAUAAAACCAGAUAAUUUGCGUGCUUUUAUGAAUACCAUUGAAGUUGACGGAGGCUGGGGUAACGAAGCUAUCGAAAUUGGUUUAUGGCAUGCCAAUAAAGAAAAUGAGCGAGAGAAUAUUACUCAAGUGAUUUUGAUAGGUGACGCACCUCCAAAUACGGAAGUCGAAGUGAAAAAUAAAAGAGCGAAAAACGGAGAAAAUUACUGGCAACAAACUAAAUUUGCUCAAUCAACCUAUUAUGAGGAUGAGUUAGCAAAAUUAAUAUCGAAUAAUAUUCCAGUACAUGCAUUUUAUGUAGAAAAGAAUGCAGAAGCAACUUUUCGCGCAAUAGCUACUAAAACAGAAGGACGUUGUGAGGAGUUAGAUAUCAAUUCUGACUCAGGUGCGGAGAUGUUGGCAGAUUUGGUCACAGAAGAAGUUCUCCGAAACAUCGGAGGUGAUACACGAGGAAACGAACUUGUAGAUGCCUAUAGAAAGAAAUUUAAUAAACUUUUUCAAUAA